UACCCAACUAAUUAUGGAAAUAAGUUGGGGGUUUUGGCUAUAGUUUAGUGUCUCACCUCUCUUCCCUAUCCAUAAAUUUUCUCCAAUCUCACAACAUAAUCCUUUGGUUCCUUGGAAUCAGAGGGUUUUAAGCUUGAAAAUACUGAUUUAAGUGAUUACACAUAAAUGUAAUAUAACUCUACCGGGCACGAAGGCAGCCUGUCCCGAAUCAACGAAGCUGUCAAUCACACCUUGUAAUCACUUAGUUAGCACCUUGGAGAUCAAUUUAUACAACAUGAGAUUGGUCGAAAUACCUUUAUGGAGGAAGGAGAUGGUACCUUAGGCACUAAUGUGACAGUCGGUUUGAAAGAACUGAAACAUAGCUUCUGAAAUCUCCUCUCCUGAUCAUGAUAGCAAUCUCGCAAUUGUUCUUGAAUCUCUAGCAAAUGUCUUCUAGAUUCAAGUAUUCUUUGCUCCACUUUAGAGAAGUCCUUGUUAUUUAACUGUUUCAUAGCAACUUUCAUUUGCUUUAACUUGUUCCAAACCUUCACCAUGUAAGUGCCCUGUACAGGCACUUUGCGCAAUGUCCAUAAAGUCUUUGUGGUGACUCAGGUGAUUAAGAAACCUGAAGGGUCUGGCGUGCUUCCCUUUUAUCUCUUCAAUUGUGACACAAAAGAAGGACAUGAUCAGAGAAGUGUGGGUCUUUUGCAUCAACUUGCAGAUGUGGCCAUAGAGUCAUCCAAGAAGGGUUCACAACGGCCCUGUCAAUUCUGCCGUGAACAUGAGAAUUUGUCCAGGUAUAUAACCUUCCAACAGUCUUAAGCACGGACAAUCCAGUAUUAGUCAGUAAGUUCCCUCCUUCACCUCAGCAUCCUGAAUUUGGCUCCCCAACCUAUCGUCUAGAUUUAGAACAGCGUUGAAAUCACCCAUUAUCAACCAUGGUUGUUGAUUGGUGGGUUCCAUUCCUUCAAGCAGUUGCACAUGUCAAUCCUAUCCUUGAUGGUAUGAAGUCCAUAGACUGCAGUGAACAUUAAACUUAUAUCCCCGUUUCUUUGAUGAAUAGAACAGUGCACCAGUGACCUUUUUCAUUUGAUCCAUACCAGCUCCAUUGGGGAAAGACUUUCUUCGCUAUGCCGGGAGCCUUUUGCUUUGUGACUCGAUGUUCGGUUAUAGCUGAAACUACUAUGUUCUCCUUCUUUAUUACUCAAGGCAGCUCUUUGUGUUUGAACUGCUUAUUGAAGCCCCUUACAUUCCAGGAGGCUACUAUCAUUGAGUUUUCGGUAAGGGUGAAUCAGGAGUCUUGUCCCCUCCGUGUCUGCUAUUCUGCCCCCUUUCUACCACGUCCAUUGCAGCUUGAAAUACCUGCUGGAAAGUAGUCUCAAGCAGUGGACUAAAGCAAUUAUUAAAAUCACCUUGGGCUCUCUCUUGACUGGUGCCAACAAGGUGUUUGCUGGUAGACUUCCCCUUUACUUGUUUCCAUCCCUCAUCAUUUACUAUAUGGGUUACAACCUCUGGUCUUGAUUCAGUCCCAACAGCUGGCUGAUCUUGUUUAUUUAUCCAUAUCUUUUGAUUUUUCUUACUCGUACUUUUUGUCUGCUUUGGUUUAUUCUGUUUAAGGGCCUAUUUAUGUGGUUUAACAUUGCAAAUAUGUCCAAUUUGGCAGCAAGAUGGACAGUAUUGCAGACACCAUUCACACUCAAUAGUUUGAUCAAACACUUCCCCGUAAAAAAUUAUUUCGUGUACGGGCUAAAAGGAAAGUAAGACAAAUAAAUUAUAAGGGAGGGAGUAAGUGAGUGGAAGAAAAUGCAUAGCAUGGAAGACUCAUGAAGGAAUUAUUUCUUUGCCGUGAUACUUUUAGUCUGAUAUGUUGUCAGUAAGAUUUUUUUCUAAUCCGGAUAUUUAUGUUGCUGCUUUCUCCAAACUCGUUGAUGAUUAACUGCGUGCAUGUUUAACUUAUUCAAAAACAAAGGGAAACAUGUUUAACAUUUGAUGCUCAGAUUCUAGCUUCUUCUGUUUUCACUAUUAAUAAUUUAUCUUAAUGGGAACUAGUCAUAUAUGCAUUCAAGUAGAUUUUGAUUCUUGAAUCUGAUUGAUCUUCCAUGUUUUUUGGUCGUUUCUUAGGUUACACAUUGCCGAUUUCCUGGUUAGAGCCACCUUAGUAUAUCAGCAAUGGUAUGUUCUACUGUUAUCUUAUUUAUUAUUUAUUGGUAUAAUGUUUUCCAGGAUAUGCUUGCCGAUCCAUUCUUCCUUGAAUUUGAGUAUCAUUGUUUGGUUGGUUUGUUGGGUUUUCUUUAAUUGUUUAGCUGGUUUAUAGAAGUCUUUAAAAUUACUUUUGAUAAUGUUUGGAUCUUUGAUUUUAAUUCUUCAACCAAUAUCAAAUUGAUACACUGUUUCAUUAUGGAGGGAGGAGGGAAACGUUGAUGUAUAUUUUGGGACUCAAAAUGUUAGUCACCACCUUUGUGCUUAAUGAAAUGACUCUAAGUUUGUAGACAUGAUUCCUUAUCUCCUAUAACUGUCCUUCUAAAAGAUAUAAAUCUGGAUGAUAUUCAACUCAAGCUUUUGGUAGUGGUAAGAGCGCAAUGCUGGAUGUGCGGGUUUCUCUGCUCUUUUGGUAUACUCUACUUGUAUUGAUCUCCCAAUACUGAUCAAAUCAUUUACAUUAUAAUUAGCAAAUGGAGCAAUAUGAGAAAAAAUAUCAUGGGUGGGGGAUUUUUAGGGGUGGAGAUUAGCUGACAAAAACACAAAAAAGACUUUAUCCCACACUUGUUGGAUCUGAAUCCUUAACUAUUGUUUUGCACAAUUUGGACCCAUCCAUAUCCAAUAUUCAAUAAUUUAAGUUAUCUAUCACUAGAGUUGCACAUUUUCUAUUAAUAUGCAAAACAUUAACAAGCUCUAAGCAAACAGUAGACCUAAUGUAAACUUUUCAACAUGACUAAACUGUAAUUUCAACUAGUUAUGUUCUAUUUAAUUUUGUUAAAUAUGCAUAAAUUCCAAGAGAUUGUAGGUUUACUCUUUCUCUUAACACAUUCUGAUUAUAGUUUCACAUUUAUAGAUUAGUGCAUCAGAGAUCAACAUAGGACAUGAUUAAACUUUCUCAAACGACCUUCUCUCAUUUUAUCCUCUAUGGGUGUUACUUGUCCCUUCUGCUGCACACGAACAUUUCUAGUCUUGUCUGAUUUUGUAUAUCCACAAAGUUCUGAAUAAGUGUGAUUUAGUCCUUUGUUUUGCAGUGUUCCAGUUAAUCUUUUAAGGGUAGUCACUGUUUAGUUCAAAUGUGGCUAAUGUGAUUGAGGUCAAUGAAAAAUGAAUUAUUUAGUUCAGCAUCUAGUUUUUACCUCUAAGCUUUUCAAAGUAUUUGUCUCCAGUAUGCUUUUGUUCCUUCUGCCAUUGUUAAUUAUGCUUCCGUUACUUAGCUAGGUUGCACUGGCAACCAUAUUUGAUGGCUAAGUAAAAAUAGUUUAAUGAAUAAUCAUGUGACCUCCCCUCUGCCCCCUAGACAAAGUAUUGUUGAGGAUUCAUAUUAAUUGACUAGUUUUACAUUGGCUAUUGCACCCCUCCUCUUUUGCCCGAGCUCCCCCAGGCAAAGUAAUCCCCCUCAUAAACAAAGUAAAAUCAUAAAAUUUGAAACUCUUUCACCAACAUGGUUCUUACUUGAAAUGGUAUCUUAUUUUGGCAACUAUACAAUCAUGAUGUUGAUCUUGAGACAGGCUGCAAAAAUUCUUGCUAAUUUAAUUGUAAUGGGCUCUUCUAUAUUGGCAAGGGCUUUUGUUCAAGCAUAUCGUCAGGCAUUGUCUAAUGCCUCGAAGAAUGGUGUUGCUCAAGAAGCAGUGCAGAAUAUAAAAGCAGCUAGCAAAACCAUGACGGAAGCAGAGGCAAGACAGAUUCUUGGUGUCACAGAGGAUUCAUCAUGGAAAGAAAUUGUGCAGAAUUAUGAGAGCUUGUUUGAGCGAAAUGCUAAAAACGAGAGUUUUUACCUUCAAUCAAAUGUACUUUACAAACUUAAAGAACCAGUAACAAAAUAAGAAAAUUAGUGCUGAUAGAAAAGUAUUAGCCAAUUUAAAUUCCUUUUUCAUCCCAACUUGUCAAACUCCCACAAAUUGGGAACCUUUAUAAAAAAAAUAAUUAUGCAAUGAUCUGUAACACUAUAAUAAUGCGUGAGAUCUCAAAGAAUUGUAGUUCUGAA